GAGUGGGCUCUGACAAACAGCUCUCACAGGACCUGGCUGUCACCUCCUUGUUGACCCCAUUGUUAUCUUGAGAAUUGAGGACAUAUUCUAUAUGAUCUGCCACUCUCAGGACUCAGCAUGUUCCUGCUUUGCUGACCUUGCUGUUCUUCCCACACACCAAGCUCAUUGCUGCUCAUUGGCAUUUGCUGUCUCAUCUGUUUGGAGCAUUGCCUCCAAGAUCUUUGCAGGUAAGGGUACCAGUUUCUUCCUGAGCCAUGACCAGAGCCAUUCCCAGAUAAAUGAGGUUUCCUGGAAGGAUGUUACCAAUGCCUUAUCUCUGGCCAACAUGGUCCUGGGGCUCUUCUCCGUCAUCUUCAGCUUCAGCAGGAAACGCCACUAUGCCUCCUGGAUGCUCCUGGUCAGCUUCCUGUUGGACAUGGCAGUCAGGGCAAUGACCAGCCACAUCAACAUCUGCUCCAAAUGGGGAGCUGAGCUGAAUGACUUUGCCGUCUUCACCACCUUCGGCCUGGCCUCUGCUCUGCUCCUAGGCGUGGAUGGACUUCUGAGUGGGAUCCUGGCCAUCAUCUAUGUGUCAGCUGCUUCUUUCCAUUUGUGCUUUUAUUCACCUGUGUUCUUCCCGGCAGGAGUCCCCUCCACAUACAAGGGUCUACCCUGCCCCUAUGCUUCCUGCAUCUUGGCUUCCACCUCUCUUCUGACCAAAGGCAACAGGUUCAUCCUCUGCUGCAUGGCCUCACUCAUGAUUCUCUUCAUGAUGGACCAGAGCUACUAUCCAUAUGACAAAAUCCUGGAGUCUGAGAACUGGAAAAAAUUGGUUUAUAUAGGAGGUGUCAUCAUGCUGUUUUUCUCCCCACUGUCUCUGUCUGCUUUUUACUGCCUGAUGUGGUCGCUCUCAUACAUCUUCUUUCCAGAUGCUCUGUGGGGCAAGGCAGCCUGUGUUUCGCCACAGCGCUGAGGAAGCUAAGCAGCUCUACCAGCUCCUGCCGGCCUCUGUGGGGUUUGUGUCAGCAUAUCGGGUCAAGCCUUGUGUAGCUGCACUAAAGCUUUGCGUGUACCUGUGUUGUCCUAUACUAGAUAUAUGGUAUGUCUCUUGCCGUGAAGUGAGAAACCCAAAGUAGGGUCAGUGACCUUCCCUUCUUUCUGUUUAUUCAGGGUUCUGACUCCCUUGGGGACAAUACUUGUUUAUGUCAUGUAGAACAGAAUAUCCCCCCGCCUCAAGCUCAAUGUGGGCUGGGUUUGAGUUCCAGCUCCGCUACCAACUGGGUGACUGUGUUACUAAGGUCUACCCCUUGGAAAGGAGUGACAGCCUUCAGAACUGGUAUUGGCCUUGGCCUCAGCCCUGCCUGGUGGGACUUCCUGAAGCAUUUCUUACUCUUGCAGACUCUGGCUCUGAGAGUAGAGCUAAUCACAGGACUCUCUUGUUGCCCAGUUUGAAUGUGUGUAGGAUUUUGUAACUUAAACAUUCUGUAUUUUAAUAGUUCAAAGCUGCUGCCUUUUGCUUUGUUUAGCAAUUAGAUACAUUGGGCAUCAUCUGGCUUGCAGGAUCUCGUGUGGAUUUUCUUUCCUAUGCUAGAAACUACUAAAUUCUAGCAAUUCAGAUGCCACUUCAUAUUCUAAAAUCCAAAUCAAAUAGAAAUAAACAGUACUGUAUGGCAAAGUUGUACCUCACCGAGAACUUAGGUCCACUGAACCCCCAGUGUAGACAGACAUUCCACCUCCCAGAGGGUGGAAAAAAGGAUUGAUGGCUGGUUCUGCUCCACCCUCAGAGACUGUGCCAGAACACCUACGCUGGAUAUAACUUUUUUAAGUUUCCAGAACAAUGCAUGUGGUAAAUAUACAUCUAUUCUCAAAUUAGAUGUUUAAAAAUAAAAACCCAAAGUAAGAUUUGGCUGUAACAGAAUAGAUAGUGCCUUCCUGUUAAAUCAUUCAUAUGUUCCUAGUUAGAUGGAUUUGCCCGUGUUCCAUGACUUUAUAUCUCCUUCAGUUUAGGUUUUGUAUUUUUGCUAUCUGCCAUAGUGCCUGACACUCAGAAAUGUUUACUUUGUAUAUGAAUUGAUUUAGUUGUGGAUUCUAGUAAGUUACAUACAAGGUUACUAUAAUGUGGUAAGAAUUUUACAAAUAUACACGGGCUUAGACAUCUCAAUACAAUGUCCUUCAAUGCUGUACAUUCAUUUCAAUGUGAUGCUCCCCUUAAUCAAAGCAUUUUAGGAACUCCAGUUUGAAAAUGGUCUUCACAUAAAUUCUUAAGGACCAAGCAGCUGUAACAAUGCCUGAAUAAAUAGGUGCUCAACAACACCAAAAAGCGAAAAACAUGUUUUAUUCUGAACUGACUAAAUUCUUUCCAAAAACCUAACAUUUGAGAUUAGCCAAUUAUGUUCUAUUCUUAAAUCAAAUUAGGUAUCAUAUUUGAAUUCAAACGACUUGUGGCUGCUUCUAAAAUUUGAAACUAUGUUGAAAGGAAGAAGAUGCAAUUCUGAAAGAGAAUUUCCAUGUCCAUUUUAAGUGAAGCAGCAGAGUUAAAUACACAGACCCCCAGGAGGACAGCUUUGAAAAGUAAAAUACCCAUUUGGAUGUGUAAAUUAUGGCUUGAUUGUAACAGCAAUAAUUCAUACUUAAUUACCUCCAGUUUUUGUGUAGGUUAAUGACACUAGGAUAGUUAUAGGUCAGCUGACAGCUGGUUAACAGAGGGAUCUAUGCUUCCUUGCACCUCUCUGAGAGUAUGGUUAUACUUCCAUAUGGGCUUCAGAGUGUCAGAUACUAAGGCUACUCAUUCAAUGCCUUCACUUCCUCAGACAGUGGUUUUCUAAAACAGAAUGUCUCUUCUUGGGCUUCCUCUUAGGAACAAGGGAGAAGGCCGAGACUUUAAAAUCCACACUUCUCAAAUGAAUACAUGAAGCCAGCAGGGUUUAGGCAGUUCUCUUUGUCCUAAACUUGAGAGUGUAGAUCUCCCUCCUGGUCAACUUCUAGUCCCUUCUUCCUAACCUGAAGUCCUACUCCUGUGUCUGAUAAGCAGAAUCAAGUGACUGAGAAUUCUGCUACUCUUUUAGCCCUGUGACCUUGAAUAAAACAUUUAAUCUCUCUAAGCCUAUUUUCUUAUCUGUAAAAUGGAGGAUUUACUUCCUUUCAGGGUUCUUUUGUGGAUUGAACAACCGUGAUGUUUUAUGUGGAUGGACGUAAAACACCUAGAAUAAUGACAUAUAAAAUAUGUUAAAUAAAUGUUAGAUGGCUUUCUG